GAAAUAUUCCUUUAAGACGUUGCGUCGUAUUACGUCAGUCUGCCGGAAGUGUUACGCCAGGGGCAGCAGCAAGAGAACAAAAUGGAGGAAUAUGCUAGAGAGCCAUGCCCCUGGAGAAUUGUGGACGACUGUGGGGGAGCUUUUACCAUGGGAGCUAUUGGAGGCGGAAUAUUUCAGACAGUAAAAGGCUUCAGAAAUGCACCCUCAGGGAUGAGCCACAGAAUGAGAGGUAGCUUGACUGCCAUCAAGACGAGAGCCCCACAGCUUGGAGGUAGUUUUGCAGUAUGGGGAGGCCUCUUCUCCACAAUCGACUGUGGUUUAGUAAAAGUGCGAGGGAAGGAGGAUCCCUGGAACUCAAUAACGAGUGGCGCCAUGACAGGAGCUAUCCUCGCUGCAAGAAAUGGGCCAAUAGCCAUGGUAGGAUCUGCAGCCAUGGGAGGUAUUCUGCUGGCCUUGAUAGAGGGCGCUGGAAUCUUGCUUACUAGGUUUGCCUCUUCACAGUUCCCAACUGGGCCCCAGUUUGCAGAGGAACCCGCACCUGCUUCGAUGCCCACCCCUGCAUUCGGAGACUAUAGACAAUAUCAGUGAGAGGACUCCACACUUCUUUACUCUCUAGGCCUAUUUGAAUUCCUUGCUGAAGUUAGAAAUGGAGAUGUAGAAAGCCAAACAUCAAAUAAUAGUAACUCUACCUGAUUUUAUGAACUGUGUCAGAGAAGGACAAAAUACAUCUUCAUUUUCCUUCUUUCAAGAACCAUGCACAGACCUGCCUUUCGCCAUUCUCAGCCUUGUCAUGCUCAUACCUUUCACCUAACAGUGGUAAAAUGCAGGCAUGGUGAGAUUUGUUGUGUGAUGUUUGUGAGAUGUGCGUUUUAUUAUUUUGUUCACAUACAGUCUGCAUGUAGCCCAAAAAGUGGGAGCUCAGGGUAGACAAGCUCUGGUUAGUGUCGAAUCUUGCAAACACAUGUCACACAUGGACCAUAAUAAACGUAUAUAAUGCUUAUAUAUAAAUAUGAUACUUAUGUGUAUAUAUAGUUAAAGCCUUCUGCUUGUAUUCACUCAUGCUAGUCUUUAUUUGCCUUAAAUAUGUCACCUGCUUGGGCUGGCCGUUGACAUUUGGCUGGCCCUUUGACUUCAUUUUGUUCAGACUUAUGAAGACAAACAUCUAUCAGAUACAAUACUAUUCCUAUAAUAUUAGUUUCUUUUAAGGUCAUUUAUUUAUUUUAGAUUGAGAUUUGUACCAUUUUGGUCUUUUUAUGUGACAGUGAUUUGACGUUCAUUGCAGCAGUAUGUAAAAGAUUGUUGAUGGCAUAGGCAGUACAAAUGAAUGGAGAAAUUCAAGCAAGGGAUUGACUCAUGCUGUAUUGAAUCAAUAAAAGAAAUUGUACUAUGGUACAAUAAACAGAUAAGUUGUAAUAUGCAUCUGUUGUAGCCUUAUGAAUAAAUUUAUCUUAUUCUGAUGUUGUCUAUUGUUAAAAACCUA